AUGAAGUUCUUUCUAGUAUUCUUUAUUUCUUUAGUUGCUGUAACUUCUGCAGCUGAGACGUGUCAAUCUGGAACAACAACUGCACGUAAGUUAGAUAGUUAUUCAAUAAUCUAAUAUAAAUAUCAUUAUUUCCAGCCUGUGAUUCCACACUUCCUUGUCCAUCUGGUUACACCUGUGAUUCAACUGGAAGUUGUUGUCUAACUUCGAAUAUUGUCUCUGAAACCACUUCAACAACAACCAAAACCACAACAAAAUCCGCGACCACCAAAAAAUCAUCGACUACUUGCCAUGAUAAAUUGAAUCCGGUGACUGGUGUUUCAGAUUGUUUGAAAAGAGCAAACUUGUGCUCGGAUUCGGCGUAUUAUGAUGUGAUGACUGUGCAAUGUCCGAAAACUUGUGGAAGAUGUUCGAGUUUGUCGACGAGUUCCAAAGGAUUGACAGGUGUUUGAACUUGGGGAUUCAAAUUAAAAAAAAAACUAUAAUUCUAUUUAGGCUCAUGUGUCGAUCUCAAAAAUCCGAAUACUGGAAUUUCGGAUUGUCCGCGUCUCAAAUAUCUAUGCUCAAUUAACAGUUACAAAUCUCUAAUGAUCAAACAAUGCCCAAAAACUUGCGGAUUUUGCAAUUCUUCAGCUUCUUCAUCAUCUUCUUCGUCUUCUUCCGAAGAAAAUUCAAAUGAAACAGAAACUUCAUGCUUGGAUAAAAUCAACAAAUCAACUGGAAUUUCAGAUUGUUCGAUUCGUCAAAACCUGUGUCACAAUGCGAUUUAUCGCGAUUUGAUGAAAACACAAUGCCCAAAAACAUGCGGAUAUUGUAAUUAA